AUAAGUUGAGUUUAAUUAUGAAUUGCAAAGUAUGCAGUAAAGCAGAUGCUAGAAGAUGCUUAGGCUGCAAAAAGGUCAGCUACUGCUCAAAGGAAUGCCAAACCAAGGACUGGACAGCUCAUAAAUCCACAUGCAGAAGAUCAGACCAGUCUUCAUCAAGCCAAUCACAAAGCCAAUCAGCAGAUAUUCUGAUUCCGGACUAUUCGAUUGAAUACUAUAAACUAUGUCCCGAAGAAAGCGUCAAUAAUGCCGAACGAUUUAAACAGUACAGAAACUAUUGUCUAGAGAUAAUCAGAAGAAUCGAGGAUGGAGGGGACGCAUUUACACAAGAUGACUUCGACGAAUCUCGAUUUGCUCAGCGCUGGGGAAACGAUCCUUCUGCCUCUGAUUUUGUCAGCCGCGAAGAUAUAAAAAUUGGAGAUAUUUUGGCCACAGAUGCUAGACCUUACGUGACCUUACAUCAGCAAAUGUUGCGAAACACGCCAAGUGUUAACUACCCUUUGUUUGUAGGCACAAACUCUGUUUUCUUCGGAUUUGUUGACCUUUGCUCUUUACUGUGGGCAGAGGUUAGAUUCUUCAUUCCAAGCAAACCAGCCGUCAUUUAUGGAUUCGAUGCUUCUGAAGUAUCAGUUGCUAGAAGUACUCUCAUCUAUGAAAUGAUGAAAACUGUUGGUUGGAAGAAAGUUAGAGACGAAACAAUACUGCAGGUUUGGUUUUCUUCUUGCUGGGACGAAGCAACAAAAGAAGAUUUUGAGGAUUUCAUUCAAAAUGAAGUUCCUCACAUUCAAAAUAAUCUUCUUCAAAAGUACGCCGCAAUUUGGACGCGUAAGAAAAACAUGAGUGUGGAAGAUGCUAAGGAGAGUUUCUCGUGCAAUCUGCAAGAAGCUAAUUUUAUGGCGCUUAACAAUUUAGAAAUCAAAGCAGACAGAGUUUGGUAUGCUAAUUAUCUGUUCACGGGUUGUUUGUUCCUAGAAGACGAAGCAGUUUGUGGAAACUGUACCAUGUUCCCAGAUCAACACGACGAUUGGAUUCGAACAAAUUUCGAAAAUUUUUUUAAUACGGUGGAUAUUCACAUAUUCGUUAAAAAAUUAGAAAACAAAAAAAGCUAUCUUUUGCCCCUUUAUCUAAUGAUUCGGCUAACCACAGCCUCGCAGUUUAACCGAAUACGUGAUUUAAUUCAGCUUAGGACAAUUCAAUGCCACUUUUUUGUGAAAAAAGUGGACCCUAAAGACUCGGAAUUUGCCGCUUCUAUUGAGGAACUGGAGCCUUCUGUUAUAGACUGGAGUAAUUUGCCAGACUACUGGAACAGAAAUGCCUUCACUAAUUUCGCAAGACAAUGCUCUUCUGCCAAAACAUCCCAUCGAUUUCACACUAUGAAUUGGAUGCGAAGAGUGUACGGUGCAUCGUACUAUGACUUUAAAGACAAACGUCGCAUGUUAGAAAAAAAAUACUCGGCGUACAGAAAACAAGUUCAGACCUCUGUUUGCGAAGAAAAAUAUCCUCUGGGUUUCUUACAAGGGUGGGUUCGAGUUCCUCUGUUCGAUUUCCCUACCAACCAGUUCACUGAGUACUCCGUAGUCAAUCACGGAAACGAAUACUUGAAAUGGUUAUUAACCGAGGAAAACGGAAAUGUACUGAAGUAUGAACAGCAAGAAAGGUGGAUGCAAGUUUUCUUGCAUAAUACAGGCACAUUGUUCUGUGAUUUUACAUUCGGGUCUGCUGCCCGUUAUUCGGCGGAAGAAUUGAGUUCUGGAUUAAACGAUUAUCAGUGUCACCAGAUGGCGCUUGUGCAAGCCCUUUGGGAAGCUUGAUUUUUUUUACAUGGGCCUAUAAUAUGAUGCAGAAAUACAGAAGAAUACA